AUGGGUGUCCGGAAUGCAAAAGCCGCAGACUUAAGCUAUAUAGAUCGAGGCUCUUCGACUCCCGUUGACACUCCGGCCACUCUGCCAGACUCAUUUGUUCACUCGCAUGGACCAUCGCCGUUGAAUCUGGAGUCGUAUCCGGUAACUCCCGGAUCUGUGGUCAACCACAACUCUAGGCCAGAGAGCAGAUCUGAUAUAUUGCAUUUCCUGGCUGACUCGCCGCAUGGCCCUCCGGUUUUGAAUAAAGAUGACUGGGCAUCUGAUCUUGAAUUGAUGCACCAUUAUUGCACCUUUACAUGCAAUACCUUGACGAUUCGCGAAGACUCGCGACAUGUCUGGCGUGUUGUUUUACCUAUGGAAGGGUAUUCAAAUAAAUAUUUGAUGCAUGGGAUUCUUGCUUUGGCUGCUUUGCAUCGUGCUUACCUCUAUCCAACCCAGAGAGAAAAGUACAUCAAAGCUACGGCCUACCAUCAGGCGGCUGGGUUGAAUGAGUUCCGGGAACUGAUCGCUUCGCCGAUUGAUCCUAGUAACUGGCAGCCUGUCUUUUGCUUCUCUUCUAUGAUCAUGGUAUAUGUUUGUGCCUCGCCGAUCCGCAUAGGUGAGGAUCGCUGGCCCUCUCCAAUAUUGAAUAUGGCAGAAUUAUUUUCUGUCGUCAAAGGAAUGCAGACUAUCAUGGAGCCGUGGUUACACUCUCUUCGAAAAACGCAACUUGCACCGCUUGUAAACUGUGUCUAUCUUGAUGAUGAAAUUCUCAUCCCAAGUCCAGCUGUGAUGCAACAGUCUUUGCUUCCCCCAGGGACUCACGAUCAAUUAAUUCUACUUCAUCAAUUCAUCGAUAACUACCCAUUCCCUCAGAAAUCCCAGUCUCAUGAGGAAUCCGGCACAUCUGACGGGUCACACACUGACCAUCGGGAAGACUAUAAGAAAGCCCUGAAGUAUCUUGAAACUUCAAUACGUCAGAUUGAUCUUGCUGGGCCCCAUAUCGAGAUUGGAAUGGUUCUUAUGUGGGCAUACUCACUUUCUAAGCGAUUUCGAGAUGAUUUGGAAUCAUAUCAAGCCCCUGCUCUGGUUCUCACGUCUUACUGGUGUGUUUUGUUACAUCUUGUUGACAAUUCAUGGUUUAUCAAUGGCGCCUCGAAGCAGCUGCUGGGGGAUAUUGAGAGCAAAGUCCAUCCUGCAUUCCGGGAUUGGUUGAAGACAGAGAUUAUCGACGAUUACCAAAUCUACAGUAAUCAAUUUGGAAUGGUAGGUGCGGCCCACAAGUAA